ACUAGGACUGAAUAGUACGUGUAAAUUGAUCAUCGGUUGUGUUGCUGAACGCACUCAUUGAUCCAGGAGAAGUUUGACAUAGACACAUUGAACAUGACACACUUAUUUUACAUUACUGGACGGAGGCACCUCGUGGACGGAUCACGGAUAUACUACAUUUUGGCGACGAGUUCACCAGUUAUUUGCAUUAAAUUGCGAUUAGGUACUCUAUUAACCUAUCCUGUGUGAAUAAUCUCAGGCAUUCAAUUGCGAAGAAAAGAAACAAGGCAUUCAAUUGCGAAGAAAAAGGAACAAAGCAUUCAAUUGCGGAGAAAAACAAAAAAAGAGAACAAGGCAUUCAAUUGCAAAAGGUUACCUCGCAUUAAAUUGCAUGCAUUAAAUUGCGGUUUGUUAAUAAAAAGAACGUUACCAGUGAACCUCAAGUUAAAGACCAUUGAUCAGUUAGUCAAUAAUUAAAAAAAAAAAAAUAAAAGGGUGGUUGCAAUGGCGCAACAGUAUACUCUUGACAAAUUUGAUUGCGAGGGAGACGGAAGUUCAGUUGAAAUCAGAUGGGAACGAUGGAAAAGGGGUUUAGGCAUUUAUUUAGAAGCUGCAAGUAUUGUAACUGAAGUAAAAAAGAGAGCAAGUUUACUACAUUUUGGUGGGCCAGAGCUGCAGGAAAUUUUGUAUAACCUUGUUGACGCGAAUGUAGAACCAAACGAAGAAAAUGAGGGAAACGUUUUUAGGAUAGCAAUUGAAAAGUUAGACGAGUAUUUUGCUCCGAAACAAUGUCUUCCAUUCGAGCGUCACAUGUUUAGAAGUAUAAAACAAGAACCAAAUGAAAAAUUUCAGAAAUUUUUAGUUCGUCUCAGACAGCAGGCAGAAAAAUGUGCUUUUGCGGACAUUAACGAAAACCUAAUCAGCCAAGUAGUAGAAAAAUGUUCUUCAGUUGCUUUGCGCAAGAAAAUAUUAAAAUCUGGGGACUCUAUGACAUUAGAUGAAAUAAAAGUGGAAGCAAACAUAAUUGAAGCUGUUGAGCGCCAAUUAGAAGAGUUUGGAACAAAAACUGAAAUACAGACAGUAAACAGGAUUGAAAAUGACUUUAACAAGGGUAAUAAAAAAGGAUGUUCAAGAUGUGGGAGUUUUAAACACUAUGGGCGCGAUAAAGACUGCCCCGCUAGGAACAAGGAAUGUUUAAGGUGUGGAAUAAUGGGACAUUUUCGUAGGCAGUGUAGGACGAAACAUGGAAAUAAGAGGAAGCAAGAAAUUCCAGAUACUGGGCAGCAUUCUAGUAAGCCAAAAAGAUUUAAGGCAACAAAUAACGUCGUAGAUAUGGAUAGGGUCCAAGGAAACAGUAACAAUUAUAUUUUUAAUAUUGAUGGCGAUGCAACAGUAACAUGCAGAGUAGGGAACAUCGGAAUAGAAAUGUUAAUAGAUUCAGGCUGUAACCAGAAUCUAAUCACGGACAAAACAUGGGAACUUUUGAAACGAAAACAAGUACAUGUUACAAGCCAGAAUACAAAACCAAAUAAAAACUUUUUAGCGUAUGGAAGUGAAAAACCUUUGAAACUUUUAGGGUCUUUUGACGCUGCAAUCGAAUUUGCUGGUAAAUCCGUAAAUACAACAUUCUACGUGGUUGCUAAUGGAACACGAGACUUGUUGGGAAGAAUUACGGCGACAUCCUUGGGUAUCCUUAGAAUCAAUAUUGGGAUAAACCAAGUGAAAGAGAAAGGAUUUCCGAAAUUCAAAGAUGUUUUAGUUGAAAUUCCUAUAGACGACUCUGUUAAACCCAUUUCUCAACCAUAUCGCAGGAUUCCUAUUCCUUUAGAGGACAAAGUUGACGCUAAAAUAAAAGAUCUUCUCAAUAAGGACAUCAUAGAGGAAGUACUUGAACCUUCGAACUGGGUUUCACCGAUUGUGCCUGUGCUCAAAGACAACGGAGAUGUUAGGAUUUGUGUGGACAUGCGGCGAGCGAACACAGCCAUCAAACGUGAGAACCAUCCUUUGCCAACGAUGAAUGAACUUUUGCCAAAAGUUUGUGAUGCUAAAGUUUUCAGUAAGCUUGACAUAAAAGAUGCUUUCCAUCAAAUAGAGUUACAUCCAAAUUCAAGACACAUCACCACUUUCAUCACUUCAAAAGGACUUUUUAGGUACAAACGAAUGAUGUUUGGCAUUACCUGUGCGCCAGAGAUUUUUCAAAAAUUAUUGGAAAGGAUACUUUUGAAAUGUGAUGGCGUUAUGAACUUCAUCGAUGACAUUUUGGUGUAUGGCAAGGACGAAACAGAGCAUCAUGAAAGAUUAAACAAUGUAAAGGAAGUCUUGCAACAAAACAAUGUUGUCCUAUGCGAAGAAAAAUGCGUUUACGGGUUGAAAAAGGUCCAGUUCCUUGGCCAUGAAUUAUCUGGAGAAGGUGUGAGGCCAUUAGAAAAGUAUAUUUCAGCUGUCAAGGAAUUUAGAGAACCUACAACCAUUGCAGAGUUACAGAGUUUUCUGGGACUUAUCAAUUUUAUUGGGAAGUGGAUUCCUCAUCUGGCAACUUUAUCCGAGCCAUUGAAAAUGUUGUUGCGACAGAAAAGUAAGAGGAAUUCAGAUAUUUCAGAAAACUGGGGAAAAAGUCAACAGACAGCUUUUGAUAGCUUAAAAGAUGCACUUGUUGACGUUCCCCAAUUAGGCUACUACAACCCUCAUGACAAGACUUUGGUAAUAGCGGAUGCUAGUCCAGUGGGGCUUGGAGCAGUUCUUGUCCAAAUCAAAGAAAAAGGACCACGGAUAAUUGCUUUUGGUAACAAAACUCUUAGUGAUUGUGAACGUCGAUACUGUCAGACGGAAAAGGAAGCUUUGGCAUUGGUGUGGGCGUGUGAACAUUUUGAUAUGUUCCUCUACGGUAAAGACUUCGUUUUAAUAACCGACCACAAGCCCCUAGAAACCAUAUUUGGACCGAAGACUAAAUCUUGUGCCCGUAUAGAGCGAUGGGUUCUGAGGCUACAGUCAUAUAGGUAUAAGGUAAAAUACAGUCCGGGUAAAGAUAAUGUGGCAGACCCACUGUCUAGACUAUGUAGGCUAGCAACAAAUCCAUCCACAAUUUAUGAAAGUUAUGUUCAUAGCGUUGUAGAACACUCACGACCAACUGCUGUAUCACUCCAAGAAAUUGAAGAAUAUUCCAAACAAGAUUCGGAGAUACAAAAAGUUAAAGAAGGCCUCUAUAGUGAAAGUUGGGAUGAAGCAGUCAAAAGCUAUAAAAUCUUCCAGAAUGAACUAUGUUUUUACGGUGACAUUUUACUGCGUGGAUCAAAAAUUGUGAUACCAAGUAAACUAAGAGAUAGGGUUCUCAAAGCUGCACAUGAGGGCCAUCCUGGCAUCGUGGCUAUGAAAAGCAGAUUAAGAACAAAAAUUUGGUGGCCGAAAUGCGAUAAAGACUCUGAAAAUCUUUGUAAAGCCUGCAAAGGGUGUACCCUAGUUUCUGCACCCAACCCACCUAAUCCACUAAAGCGCCGUGAAUUACCAACAGAACCCUGGAUUGAUGUAGCAAUCGAUUUGAUGGGACCACUGCCAAGUAACGAUUAUAUUUUUGUAAUCGUUGACUACUACAGUCGAUACAAGGAGGUAAAAAUUUGUCGAACCAUAACAAGCUCAGUUAUCAUCGUGCUUUUAAAAGAGAUAUUCAGUCGUUUGGGAAAUCCUGUUUCCAUUACAGCAGACAAUGGUAAACAGUUCAUAAGUGCUGAAUUAAAUGAAUUUUGUAAAGAGCAAAACAUAAGAAUUUACCAUACGAUCCCCUACUUCCCCCAACAAAAUGGUGAAGUAGAGAGACAGAACAGGGACAUUCUUAAGAGAUUGAAGAUAAGUCAAGCUGAAAAGAAAGAUUGGAAGGAAGCCUUACGUGAAUACAUGAUAAUGUAUAACAGUACCCCCCAUACGGUAACAGGCAAAACACCAUCUGAAUUGUUUUUUAGUAGACAGUUCCGAGAUAAACUACCAAUGAUGAGAAACAUAACUUACAAUCCAAGAGACGAGGACAUAAGGGACAGGGAUAGAGAAUGUAAAGAAAAAGGUAAAGAGUAUGCGGAUCGGAAAAGGCGAGCUCAAGAUUGUGAUCUGCAAGUCGGUGAUAAGGUGUAUAUUAAAAACAUGAACAAAAGUAAUAAACUAAGUUUAAACUACGAGCCAACUUCACAUACAAUCGUGUCAAAUAAUAAUGGAGAUAUCGAAAUAAGAAAUGAUGAAACGGGAAAUAAAAUAAGACGGAAUGUGGUCCACCUAAAGAAGGUAGAAGGACAAUGGAAAGCUUUGGAUACAGAAAGCACAGAAGACGGAGAUGUUGUACGUGAACACUCAGAAUUAUCAGACAAAUCUAAUUAA